CGGUCCGGGUCGGAAGUGGACAUGAGCAAGUUAUUGUUUGCGUUGGCAAACAAUGUGCUGUGUAGAGUGGCGUUGGGGAAGAGGUUUAUAGUGGAGGAGGAGGAGGAGUCAAAGUCAAAGUCAAAUUCAGAAGAUCGUUUGGUGGAGCUUUUGAGUGAGACGCAGGCUUUGCUUGCUGGGUGGUGCGUAGGGGAUUUCUUCCCCGAGUGGGAGUGGGUCAACUGGGUGAGUGGGCUCAGGAGGAGGCUGAAGAGGAAGUUGGAGGGUUUGAGACAAGUGUGUGAUGAAAUAAUACAAGAGCAUUUGAACAAAACGACGUCGUGCGAAGGUGGUCGUGGUGGCGGUAGCAGAGAAGAUUUUGUGGAUGUUCUGCUUCGAGUGCGACAAAGAGAUGACUUGGAGGUGCCAAUUACUGAUGACAAUCUCAAGGCUCUUGUACUGGACAUGUUUGUGGCCGGAACCGAUACGACAUCAGCCACCCUAGAAUGGGCAAUGACAGAGUUGGUGAGACACCCAAACGUGAUGAAGAAAGCACAAGAACAAGUUCGAAAAUUUGCAUCCAGCACUGGAAAAGUUGACGAGAGCUACCUUCAACACUUUGACUACUUGAAAGCAGUCAUAAAAGAGACAAUGCGAUUGCAUCCGCCAGUCCCUCUUCUUGUCCCUCGAGAAUCAAUGGACAAGUGCACUCUGGAUGGCUACGAAAUACCCGAAAAAACUAGGGUUCUAAUCAACGCCUAUGCCAUAGCAAGAGACCCACAGUCGUGGGACAAUCCCUUGGAGUAUAGGCCUGAGAGGUUUCAAGAUGCAGGCAACGUUAAUGUUAAUGUUCUUGAUCAAGAUUUUAGGUUUCUACCAUUUGGUGGAGGAAGAAGAGGCUGCCCAGGAUAUGGCUUUGGGUUGGCAACUGUGGAGAUUGCAUUGGCAAGGCUCUUGUAUCAUUUUGAUUGGGCAUUGCCUCAAGGAGUUGGACCAGAUGAUGUGGACCUUGACGAGACUUUUGGGCUUGCCACAAGAAAGAAGUCUGCUCUUGUUCUUGUUCCAACACCCAGCCAACAUGGAUCACCAAUUCAAGGGAAUUGAUCAUCACCACCUUUAAAACACAGCAAGAAAAGAAGAUUCCUUUCCGUCUCAAGCUUCCUCUGAGUUUGAGUUUUAAUGGAACAUCAUCUCCCUCUGAGUCUGGUUUCCACACUGCAGAAAGCUCCAAAAUUUCAUACGAAAGAUUGCGUCAUCGUUGUUUAAGAGGAAAAUAUAAUAUAAGAAUGUGUUGUUGGUAUUAAUUUCUAUUCUAUGUAAUUUGUUGGUAACAUGCAUUAAUGUAUUCCAUGUUAUAACAUACGAUGCUGAUUAUAAUCUCAAGGAAAAUUUAGGGUUUUAUUUCAUGCCAUCCAUCUAUGCAGAUUUCCAAAGAACUUACA